AUGAGCAAAGAACAGGACAGGAGAGGUGCGAUCCUGGAAUCACUGCGCGCCGGGAAGACCGCCAAGGAGAUUGUGGAUUGGUUUGGCUACUCAAAAACGCAAGUUUACGAGAUAGCCAAAACCUAUCGAGAGGCGGACAACAAGGACGACGUUACUUCGGACCGGGCAAGCCACAGCAAGCGAUCUGACCGGAAGCGGACUGGUGAAUUCAUCGAUCAGUUAAAGGAUCGGAUUGACCAGAGUCCUGGAACCAGUAUGGCAAAGUUGGCCAAAGAUAUGGGCGUACAUCGUGCAACAGUGAGUCGUGCAGUUCACCAGGAUCUGCAUUAUAAAUCGUAUGUACUACGGAGGCGACAAUUGCUGACGGACGCCAUGAAAGUCAACCGGAAAAUCAAAUACCAAGCACUGCUAAACGACAUUAAGCACGAGAGCGCCCAUCAUCUUCGGUUCUUCACCGACGAGAAAAACUUUAUUCAGGACAGAAAGAUCAACCGCCAAAACGAUAGGUGGAUUUGCGAGGACGCUUCCGAUGUGCCGACGGUCAUGCAUACGAAGUUCCCUGCGUCGGUUAUGGUUUUGGGCGUCGUCAGCAGUGACGGAGACGUGAUGCCGCCGUAUUUCUUUGAGCAGGGACUCAAAAUCAACGCGGCGGUGUACAUCCACGUGUUAGAGACGGUCGUUAAACCAUAUAAGUGA